AUGUUGAGAACCACUAGUAUUAGGUCUUCCUCUCAUCUCUUGAGAAGAUCCAUUGCCACACAGGCCGCUCCAAAGGCUGAAGUUACCGCUCUUUCCAACGGUAUCGUUGUCGCUACUAAGCACAACCCACAUUCGCUUACUAGCUCCGUAGGUGUUGUCUUUGGUUCCGGUUCUACAGCUGAAAAUCCAUACAACAACGGUGUCUCGAACGUUUGGUCCAAUGUCUUUACUGGUAAGCAAACUGCAGCUGAAGCAGCCAAGAAGGGUUUUUCUCUAAGUUCUACCGUUGGUAGAGAUUUCCAAUCCUACAUCGUGGAUUCCAAACCAGGUAGUGCAUCUUCUGCACUGGAGUUCUUGCAAAGCAAGUUUUCUGCUCCUUUGAACGAUUCCAUUUUCGAAGAGACUAAGAACUCUGUAUUGAGCCAAGUUAGUAACUUUGAACACAACGACCACGCUGGUCGUGUCAUGGAGCACUUGCACUCUACGGCUUUCCAAAACACUCCAUUGUCUCUUCCAACUAGAGGUACUGUCGAGUCCAUUGAAACCUUGGUUCCAUCCGAUUUGCAAUCCUUUGCUUCUAACCACUUUUUGGCUUCUAAUGCCGUAGUGGUCGGUUCCGGUAACAUUUCUCACCAAGAGCUAGUCAAAGCUGCUGAAUCCCAAAUCUCGUUGAAAUCUGGUGCUAAGCCAGUUCAGAAGAAACAAUCCUCUUUCUUGGGUUCCGAAGUUAGAUUGAGAGAUGACACUUUGCCAAAGGCUUGGAUCUCUAUCGCCGCUGAAGGUGAAAAGAUCACUUCUCCACACUACAUGACUUCCCUAUUGGCAGCUCAAGUGUUUGGCUCCUACAACGCUUCUGAGCCAGCUUCUAGACUGCAAGGUGUUAAGCUAUUGGAUAUCCUUCAGGAAUACCAAAUCACUGACUCCUUUGAUCAUUUCUCUUUAGGUUACAAAGACUCUGGUCUAUGGGGUUUCACCACCACCACUAGUGCUGUGGGCUCUAUCGAUGAUCUAAUCCACUUCACUUUGAAACAGUGGAACAGAUUGACCAUCUCUGUCACUGACACUGAGAUCGCCCGUGCUAAGGCUUUGUUGAAAUUGAAAUUGGCUUCUGCUGCUACCGACAACGCCUCUGUCGCUACCCAUCUAGGUGCUGCUACUUUGGCUCAAGUCGAAAAGACCGACUUGGCCGAGGCUUACGCCGCAAUCGAUGCCUUGACCGCUAAGGACGUCAAGCAAUGGGCUGGUGACAAAUUGUGGGAUCAAGAUAUCGCUAUCGCCGGUGUCGGUCAAAUUGAAGGUCUAUUGGAUUACAUGAGAAUCAGAGCUGACAUGUCCAUGAUGAGAUGGUAA